AUGACGACCAUGCGAAAUCCGAAAGACUCAAUGAAGUCCACGUGGCGCACGGGGGACAAAGAACAAUGGAAGAUACCACACAAAAUCCUUGACCACGCAAAUGUAUACCAUGUCGACCUCGACCGAGAAGUGCCCGUCCAUUCCAAAGAAGAAAAAAUACCCUACGUCUCAGAUUGGGCCCUGAACCGCUGGGUCAUCGUCCAUGCCGGUAUCCCACUUCUUAUUCACCAGCUCUAUAACUGGAUCACUGGCGGUCACUUCCAUCCAAUCGUCGCUUUCUUCUAUUAUUACUAUGCCUCAAGGCUAUUUACAACUCGCGAACUCCGAAGCCUGCGCGAACUCGGCCAUAAAUAUGGGUUCCUGGAUGGAGAUAAACAUGAACGGGAUGGCGUACCGGAUGUAGGGGUUUCCAAAACCUUGACAUCGGUCCUGCUGGCGGGCUUCGUGCGUCCCCUGAUGACAACAUACCUCACCUAUAACGCAAACGAGGCACCGUUUUCAUUAGACUGGAAAUGGAUUGCGGUUGAAGUCAGUCUCUACGGCAUCAUCCUGGACUUCUGGUUCUACUGGUACCACCGUAUCAUGCACGACGUGAACGGUAUGCCGAUGGGUUUCUACGAAUGGCAUGUUUGUCAGCUCUAUGUUAUGUUUGCGGAGCUUGCUGGACAUAGUGGUCUUCGUCUCCAUGCUUCGCCGCCUAACCCUCUGACAUGGUUGAUGAGAAUGUUUGAUGCAGAGAUGGUGAUCGAGGACCAUGAUCUGCAUCAUCGUCAGGGGUGGAAGAAGAGCCAUAACUAUGGCAAGCAGACACGCGUUUGGGAUCGGAUAUUUGGUACUUGCAGUUCUCGGAUUGAAAGUGUGGAGGUGAAUAUCGACUAUGAUAAUACUGUGAGUAUGUCUAUUUUCUAA